AUGGAAGCUAUAGUAAAGAGCGCUAUACAGCAAUUUUGUGAAGAAAAUAACAUCUUGCAGGAUUUUCAACAUGGUUUCCGGAGAGGAUGUUCCUGCCUCUCAAAUCUGCUAGCUUGUCUGGAGAUCUGGACCGGGGCUCUAGAACAGGGUUUUGAGGUCGAUGUCGUGUACAUCGAUUUCCGCAAAGCCUUCGAUACUGUUCCGCAUCAACGUCUUCUUCACAAACUGAGCGCCAUCGGCAUCCGGGGAGAUCUUCUAAUUUGGAUUAGGGCGUUUCUGGUUGGUCGGAAACAACGUGUCUGUGUCGGGGAUGAUCUGUCAGAAUGGGUGAACGUGACAAGUGGUGUGCCGCAAGGCUCAGUUCUGGGACCAUUGCUCUUCAUCCAUUACGUUAACGACAGCCUUCAGCAACUGGACUGCGGCAAAAUAAUGUUUGCAGACGACGUUGAGCUCUGGCAAGUCAUUAAGGGUCGGAAUGAUCAGAGAUGCCUUCAAGAUAAUCUGCACCGACUGCAAGCCUGGUGGAAGAAAUAG